CUUUACUUUACUUUACCGUUUGAAUCGCGACCGUUCGCACGCUCUUUCCUUUGACUCUGUCCUCGGCGGUUCUUCCUCCGAUUCUUUGCUCCUUUUGGAAGGGAGAGAGAGAGAGAAAAUUGCGAUAAAAACAAAAACCAGAAACAGACAAAUCAAAUCAAAAGAAAAAAAAAACAAAAUCAAAAUCAAAACCAGAUAUCAAAAAGGGAAACAAUUAUUUUUUCUGCGUUCAUCAAAAUAAAAAAGUGCAAACAAACGAAAAUUCUAGUGCAAAAAGAUAUCAAAAGAAAGAGAUAACCACUAAAAUAAAAAUAUACAACAAAUCUGUGUAAGCCAGUUAUACACACCUUAAAGCGUCCUGCAGGAAGGACUUCGUACACGUUUCACUCGGAUCGACUACCUUCGGAUUAUUCCUCAACAGCAGCCGAAGUACCGGCAACAACAAACAACAAGAACUGAAAAAAAAAAUAUCCAUUUGCGGGAAUUGAAAAACAAAAUUCUCGCAGAGUUCUCUAAAACGAAUCUUGAGAGCCAAAGAACCAUCGAAAAACAAAAAACAUAAUGGGAGAACUCGAGGAGAAGGAAACGCCACCGACAGAGACAACGGCCGCACAGCAGGAGACGCUGGAGGAGCCCAAAGAGACGGACAAGAUGCUGGACAGCAAGAAGACCGAGAAGACGCCCAGUCCGCAGUCAUCGAAGCCGGCCACCCCCAAUGCGGGCAAGAAGUCGCCGGUGGGCGAAAAGACGACUGAAGAGAAGGGACAUGAGAUCAUUGACAUUCCCGAGGAGAAGGAGAAGCCACAGCCGACGGAGGGCAGCGGUCCGGCAGAGGAGAAGAAAAUCAGCAAGGAAGAGCGCGAGGUGAAGCCCAAGAAGAUACCCAUCGGUGGCCUCAAGCUGCCGGGUUUCUUUAUGAAAAACAAACCCAAGGCAGAGGGCGAUGGCGCCGAGGGCGAGCUGCUCGAAAAGGAUGCAGAGGACAAGGACAAGGAGGCGACGGCAGUCAAUGGAGAUGCCGCCGCUGCAGCAGCAGCAGCAGAGCCCAAGCCGCGUCCUGGCCUGGGACAGCGUCUCAGGAGCUUCUUUGUGCGCAAGCCAGGAGCCGAAAAGGAGAAGAAGGCGCUCGUAAAUGGAGACGCGGAUGCCAAGUCGGAAGCCACUGCUGAAGCUGCCGCCGCGGAGGACGUAGCAGCCGUGGAUCCGCCACCGAAGCGAGGACUCUUGAAUGCCAUCAAACUUCCGAUUGCGAAUAUGAUCCCCAAGCAGCGAAAGAACGGCGACGAUGUGGAGAUGGGGCUGGGCGGCAAGGCAGGCCUCGCCUCGAUGGAGACUCUGGAUGAUUCGCUCAAGGAUCAGGACACGGUGGAUCGUGCACCCGUCAAGAAUGCCAAUGGCACGGAUGACAUCAAAAGUGAACUGAAGGACGAGAAACUGGCCGCAGAACAGAAGCUCGCCGCCGAAGAGGACGAACGCGAUCGUCCCAUUUCGCUGUUGCAGCGCCUCCGUGGCUACAAAUGCAGCGUGGACGAUGCUUUGAUUGCCUUCGGCAUCCUGUUGUUUGUGCUGCUCCUCGCGGUGAUUGGAUAUGUGCUGACACACGAGACUUUGACCUCUCCCCCGUUACGCGAGGGUCGCUACAUUCUCGCCGUAACAGGCUGCGGGCCCGUGGAGGGGGUCAAGGAGGAUGGAGCCUUUGCCUUCCGUGGCAUACCCUAUGCCAAGGCGCCCGUGGAUGAACUGCGCUGGAGACCCGCACAGUUGAUCGACAGCAUCGACGGCUGCUGGAACGACACGCUGCAGACGCACAACAGCAGCGUCGUGUGCACUCAGCGACUGGGCAACGGCACCACUGUGGGGGACGAGGAUUGCCUCUUCCUGGAUGUGGUGACGCCCCAUGUGCGCUACACGAAUCCCCUGCCCGUGGUGGUGCUCAUUGGCGCCGAGUCCCUGGCGGGGCCAUCGCCUGGCAUACUGCGUCCCUCGGCCCGCUAUUCCCGCUCCCAUGACGUGAUCUUUGUGCGCCCGAAUUUCCGCCUGGGCAUCUUUGGAUUCCUCGCCUUGGAAUCGCUCACGAAAGAGGCGCACCCAAGGACCUCUGGCAACUACGCUCUCACCGAUAUCAUUGCUGUACUCAAGUGGAUCCAAUUGAAUAUCGUUAACUUUGGAGGCGAUCCCAAGUCCGUGACUCUUUUGGGACAUCGUGCGGGCGCCACUCUGGUCUCUGCGCUGGUGAGCUCCCCCAAGCUCAAGGAUCUGUACACACGCGCCUGGUCCUCCUCCGGAUCGGCCAUAUUCCCCGGCAAGCCCCUGGCAGAGGCGGAGAAGCUUAAUCAGCAGUUGAUGGUCACCCUGGAUUGCAGCGAUGUGGGAUGCCUGCGCGAUGCCUCCAGCGAGAAACUGUGGGCCGCCACACCCGACACUUGGCUGCACUUCCCCCAGGAUCUGCCCCAGCCGCAGGAGAUAAACAGCGGCAGCCGUCACGAGUGGUUGGUCCUGGAUGGAGAUGUGCUGUUCCAGCAUCCCUCGGAGUCGUGGAAGCGCGACCAGGCCACCGAGCAGCCGCUGCUGGUCGUGGGAGCCACCGCCCAUGAGGCGCACACCGAGAAGCUGCGCGAGCUGCACGCCAACUGGACGAAGGAGGAGGUGCGCGAGUACUUGAACAAUUCGCAAAUCGGAGCCCUGGGCCUCACCGAUGAGGUGAUCGAACGCUACAAUGCCACGAACUACGCCGCUCUGGUGUCCAUCAUCACGGACAUACGCACCGUUUGCCCGCUACUGACGAAUGCCCGCCUCCAGCCGAGCGUACCCUUCUAUGUGGUGACCCAGGGCGAGGGCGAGGAUCAGCUGGCGACAGUGGAUGCCGAUGUGCAGGCCAUUCUGGGUCGCUAUGAGCCCCACACCGUGGAGCAGCGUCGCUAUGUGUCGGCCAUGCAGCAGCUCUUCUACUACUAUGUAUCGCACGGCACGGUGCAGUCGUUCGAGCCACGCCGAAGGGUGAUCAAUGUGGGGCAGGAUGCACAGCCGCAGGAGGACUACGAGCAUUGCAAUUACUGGAUUAGCAAGGAUAUAGUGCCGCGCUAUGCGCGCAUCGAUUGAGGAGGAGCCGAUUAAGAAAAACCAAAAGCAGAUAAACCCCCCUCCCCCCCCCCCCCCUUCUUUCUCCCAAACCAAUUUUUUUUUUUAUUUUUUAGACUCUUGUAAAUGAUGAUGUCUACAUUUUCUCAAGGGGAUUCUCCGCUUUGAUCUGAAUCUGAAUCUGAAUCCCUGAUGAAUGCAGACACCUUCUCCCUCUCCUCCUUCCUGUUAGGAAGGUUAGGUGUAGGAGCUCUAUACGUUUUGCAUUUAGUUUAGCCCUUAAGUGAAUCUAGUGUUUAUAUCUCUCUCUCUCUCUCGCUAUCUCUAUCUCUCUACCUCUCUCUGUCGCUACUGUAUAUUUAGUUGUCUUACAAUUUAAGUUACGAAGUUCUUUAAGUAUCUUAUAUAUCUCUAACCAUAUAAUACUAUACCAUAUACGAGACGAUCGAUACACGUAUUCUCUGAUCUUACACACCCACACACACACACACCCACACACACAAAUAACACAACACAAACCAUACACAAAAUAUAUUCAAAUUAUACUUGAAAAGUA